AUCGGCUGCAUUAGCUCUCCAGUCUUCAUACGACACUUGACAAGAACGAACUUAUCGUGGUUCGGCGUUCGAAAUUUGCGCGCUCCGUCCAGUCUCGCUCUCUCAGUCCGCGUAUUUAUUGCCAGUCGUCAGUCACUUUGCCGAGUUGAUUAAUUUAUUCGUUUCAAUAACGAAAACAUUUACCACUGCUCAUCCGUCGGAGACUAAGUAGUGAGUGAUGUCGUACACGAGGAAAGUUACAUACUAUACGAGCUCUGGAGGCAGUUCAUGCGAACAGCAGUUUUCUACCGUUACCCAUCAGUCCUCCUUCAGCAGUUCGGGAUGGGUUCAAGUUCCUCAGCGGCAGCAGCAAACGGUGGUCCAACAAAUUGUCCAACCGACGUCGGCAACGGAAGCAAUUCUCAGUAAGGGUUGCGAAACCAACCAAAGCAGCAGUUCCAGUCCAACGCCCUUCGAUGAAGCCGUUUUGGAUGAACACAAUCGGCUACGUGCGAAGCACUCGGCAUCACCUCUCGCGCUUGAUCCGGCCAUCAGCCGAUACGCACAGGAAUGGGCCAAUAAUAUUGCCAGUCGAAACGUGAUGCAACAUCGGUCGAAUAACCGUUAUGGGGAAAACAUUUAUGCGUGCUUCGGAAAGACGGGAGUGACUGGCGCUGAGGUGGUUCAAUCCUGGUACAGCGAAAUCAAGGACUACCGCUUCGGGGAGUCCAAUCCACGCAAUUUCGGCCAAGUGGGCCACUUUACUCAGGUGGUUUGGAAGAACUCGAAACAUUUGGGAGUGGGAAUUGCCAAGAACGGGAACAACAUUUAUGUUGUUUGCAAUUAUGAUCCACCUGGAAACUUUGGCGGACAGUAUCCUGCAAAUGUAACUCGAAGUUAGUGAAUAACGUAGAAUAUGUACAAUUAUUUUAUGCUGUUUGAGAUAUAUUUUGAAUUCUAGAAUUUUAUUGUCUUUAAAUAAAGUUGCUUCUCUCUAUUUUA